AUGCAUAUCGAAGUCCUCCCAUCCGAACUGGUGACGGACAUCUUCCUCGCCUUGCCAUCCAUCUCGUCCGUCAUCGCCCUAUCCUCUACCUGCCACCACUUUCGUCAGAUCUACACGUCUUCCAAGAGACUUCUCAUCCUGUCACAAGCUGCCGAGAACGAGUUCGGCCCAACACAAGACAUCAUUCAGAUCGUCACCCACAACUCGUCUCAACCAGCACACCUUCGCCGCUCCGUUCCACUGUCUGACGCGUUGAUUCGUUCCAUUGUAAAAGUCGGCCGUGUUGCUGCAAAGUGGGAGGCUAUAUACCCGUUCAAGAAGUGGAAAGUCGACUUCGAGAACAGACGCUCCAUAUCCCAUGACGAGCGCUUCCGUCUGCGACGAGCGCUGUACCGUCUGUGGCUCUUCUCCCGCGCCUUCCACGAUGGGGGCAUCCUCCGCUGGAUGAGAAGUAUGCCCGCCCUCCACCAUGAGAGGACUCUGUUACUGCACAACUUCAACUCUAUCGAGCUUGCCGAAAUGCUCGAUGUCCAUAACAUGCUGCGCGACACCAUCAGCAACAACAUCUGUCCAUCCAACGGCACCGUGAGUCGCAAAUUCCAAAAGCGCUUUCCAAACUCAAACUACCAACUUCUCUUCAAUACCAACCUCAACUUCCCACCGCCCUCCUCUUUCGUGCCUGAUGGUACACACUACUGCUCCGAAGUUGCUGCAUCAAAAUGGCACAAUAAAUACAUCCCCACAGCCAACCACGAGCCAGGUGCCGAAGGUUGGGGCGACGAUAUCCUACACUACUACAUUGUCGAGGAUAUGCUGAAGCUUGACCCCGAGCAACUCAUUUUCUUGAAGGAAAAUGCACCUUACAAGAGCCAAGUCGAGGCUUACAUUAGAGCUCAAGGCGACUGGUUCGACAAUAAUGGCGAGACUUUUGUUCAGACUUUGCAACAGGUUAUUCGCGAUCGUGGUCAAGAGAUGGAUGAGUUCAAGGAGGCGAUUGAGGAUGGAGAGUUGGGUGUUGCGGUUAGAGAGUGA